UAUCCCCGCCCUAAACAAAUGGCGCUGAGCUAUUUUUAGAUCGAUGAGCCUAAUUUCUCCUACACGAUUUAGUUUCCUCCUUUAAUUACUGAUUUUCUGCAGUAUUACUACUAAUUGAUGUAAUUCUCAGCGUGCACUCUGCAUGUUCUGCGGAAUUGCUUCUUUUAUUUCUCUUCUUGACUUUUUGUCUGUACGUGGAAUUGUGUGGUGUGGUGUCACCGCAAGACAACACGUCCACACAAAUUCAUCUUGGAUCAAAAUAGCUCAGUUUUGCUUCAAAUCAUGCCUUUUAUUGAAGGACCAUUCUUUUUCCACUAAUAAUUUCUGAUUGAAAUUCAAUCAUGGCUCUCUCUCUCUGGCUCUGCAACCCCCAACUCCUCCCUCCGUUUCCCGUCCAAUACAGCAAGUUUUCAACCAAAAUUAUUCGUUCCCCAAAUCAAAAUCUCAAUCGUGAAAAACCCCAACUUCAGCGCUUCGCCUCUAGUAGAAGAUUCCGCCACAUUUCUACUCUGAAAUCAGCUUCCGUCAACGGCUACCCGAUUACCAAAGAGGAUGGAGUUCCUUCCACCGGCGGUGAGAAAAUUGAAUUGAGUGAAAAGCUGAAGAAAUGGGUCAAGUUUGCGCGGGAAAUCUUUCCCGGCGGAGACUGGUGGAGGCUUUCCACCGAGGAGGUUGGAGAUGUUAUGGCCGCGAAGCCCGUGACUGUUUUUCGGGCCCUGAAGAAAAUGUGGGACUUGAUUGCGGAGGAUCGAUGGGUUGUAUUUACCGCUUUUGUUACGCUCAUCAUCACAGCACUUUCAGAGAUAUCGAUCCCACAUUAUCUGACUGCAUCAAUCUUUUCUGCACAAAGUAGCACCAUUGCGCUGUUCCAUCGGAAUCUGCGCCUCUUAGUUAUGCUGUGCAUCACUGCAGCAAUAUGCAGUGGUGUGCGUGGUUGCAUGUUCGGCAUUGCUAAUAUGAUCCUUGUCAAACGAGUGAGGGAAAGACUGUACUCAACUCUUCUUCUUCAGGACAUAUCUUUUUUUGACUCUGAAACAGUUGGUGAUUUAACAAGUAGGCUUGGUUCAGAUUGCCAACAAGUAUCACGUGUGAUAGGAAAUGACCUCAACCUGAUACUGCGUAAUGUUCUUCAGGGUUCAGGUGCUUUGAUUUACUUAUUGGUUUUGUCGUUGCCACUUGGACUAUGUGUAUUGGGCAUCUCCAUCUCCCUCUCAACUAUUAUGCUGAUAUAUGGCCAGUACCAAAAGAAAUCUGCCAAGUUAAUUCAAGAGUUUACUGCUUCUGCCAAUAAUGUUGCCCAAGAGACAUUCUCUUUGAUGAGAACUGUUCGUGUAUAUGGGACAGAGCAGCAAGAACUUGGAAGGUACGAAAUUUGGUUGGAGAAAUUAGCUGGCAUAAGCUUGCGACAGAGUGCUGCUUACGGGUUCUGGAACUUUGGCUUCAACACUCUAUAUCACUCAACUCAGGUCAUAGCUGUGGUGAUAGGAGGAAUGUCCAUUCUGAGCGGCCAUAUAACAGCUGAGCAGCUGACGAAGUUCAUUUUAUACAGUGAAUGGCUGAUCUAUUCCACAUGGUGGGUUGGGGAUAAUUUAUCAAAUUUGAUGCAGUCUAUUGGAGCAAGUGAAAAAGUUUUUCACCUGAUAGAUCUUUCACCCAGCGAUCAGUUUACUGCUAAAGGCUUAAGGUUACAGAAGUUGAUAGGACGAGUUGAGUUUGUGGAUGUGUCCUUCCACUAUCCUUCCAGGCCUUCGUUGUCCGUACUGCAACUCUUCAACUUGACAGCUCAUCCUGGGGAAGUAGUAGCCAUUGUUGGCCUGAGUGGUAGUGGGAAGAGCACCAUAGUGAACCUUUUGCUCCGUCUAUAUGAACCGACAAACGGGGAGGUAAAGCAUUUUAGUCUCAACCAUAUACUACUAUUUUUUAUGCUAUGUACGUCUCUCUCACGUUCUUAUUUCCAACUUCAGAUACUGAUUGAUGGACACCCGAUGAAAUCACUGAAUGUUAGGUGGUUAAGAGAAAGGGUCGGAUACGUGGGACAGGAGCCCCGACUCUUCCGCAUGGAUGUAAGUUCAAAUAUAAAGUAUGGAUGUCCUCGAGCUGUUACUCAGCAGGAUGUAGAACUGGCUGCAAAGCAGGCUUUCGCUCACGAUUUUAUAUUAGCCCUGCCUAAUGGCUACCAAACCAUAGUUGAUGAUGAUUUGCUCAGCGGAGGACAGAAGCAGCGUAUUGCUAUUGCUAGGGCCAUCCUUAGGGACCCUAGCAUUCUGAUCCUCGAUGAAGCCACGAGUGCUCUAGAUGCAGAGAGUGAACACAAUGUUAAGGGUGUUCUUCGCGCUGCAAAAAGCGAGCUACAAACCAAGAGGACGGUGUUUGUGAUCGCACACAGGCUGUCGACAAUCCAAAGUGCAGACAGGAUAAUUGUAAUGGAUAGUGGUAAAAUUGUUGAGAUGGGCGACCACACAGAACUCCUAAUGAAAGAUGGUUUGUACGCACGGUUAAUAAGAAGACAGGCGGACGCAGUUGCCUGAGCUUGCCUUACUUGUAGAGCAGAUAUAUAUACCCUUGUGUAUCAUACAGACGGGGCAGAGUAGGACGACGACGACCAUAUCUGCCAUCGCCUCUGGCUGACUGAAGAGGAAGCAUUGACCAUAUCUGGUACCUAACUGAAGAGGAAACCUUUUCCAAAUUGAUGGACGCCUCAGACCUUUGCUUUCGUGGCUGCAUACUCAAUUGUUUGAGGUAUAAAUAAUGGGUUUGAGAUACAAGGAAAGUUAGCGUAUUCAUAUUUGGCCUCUCUUUCCAUCAGAGGAGGUUGAUUGGUUGAGCAUUUCAAGUCUUGCUGCCUAUUGUUUGAAAAAAGAAUAGACAAUAUUGAAAACAUCGUGUUUCAUGGAUAAUUAAAGAGAUUGUAUUACUAAA